UGCCAAGGGUCAGGCACAGGCACGUUCUAGCCUGGGCCUGGCCGCCCUCCGUCCUUCACGGCCGCGCGACCGUUCUCCAGAGAUAAGAGGAAACUGGACUCGGAGCUGGGCAGGACUCCCAGGGCUGGGAAUCGGAGGCCCCAGAGCGCUCGGCUUUGACCUCUAGAGUCGUGGCGGGCUGGCAUCCGAGCUGGGAACGUGCAUGGCCGGUUAUACUCCAGGCUCGGCGGGUUUCCACGUGCUGCGCUCGUGAGCGGAGGCGCCCCAGCAUCAGGCCCUGGAGUCGGGUCCGGAGGCGGGACCGCGUCCCGAACACGCGUCUGCAGAGGAACGACCAGUGUCUGCACGGCAGGCCCAUGUGUCUCCCGCGCAUCACCAUCCUAUUUAAGGCCACGGGCCCCGCCCUGCCCCCGCCCUUCCGCCUCCUUUCCUAACAGCACCCGGGCCUCUCGGCUAGCCGCAUGGAGGGGCGGAGCUCGGAGUGCUGCCCUCCCGGCCAAUCACCGCACGGCCGAUUCUCGGUUGGCCACGGCCCCGGAGCGCUGUAGCCAAUGGGCCGAGAGGCUCGGGAACGGGCGUCACGUGUUACCGGGCUCCCCUCGCUGGGUCCUCCCUCCAAGGAGCUGCUUUGCUAGUCCUUGCUACCGGACGGACCUAUGAAUUCUCCAUCUAGCGUCUCCUCCUCUUCCUCUCUCUCUUCCUCUUGGUCCACUUCCCCGGUGAACAGUGACUGUGGCUUUCCCUCUGACAGUGAGAGAGAGGACAACGGGGUGCGUGGGUCUUGGCCGGACCCUGUGGGGCCCGGGGGAGGUGCUCGACCCAGCCCAGGGCCCAUCCGCUGCAAGCAUCGCCCCAAGGUCUGCAGUCACCACCAGCACACAGCAUCCCAUCCCGAGCAACAGCAGCGGGGAUCUGGGACCAGGAGAUCCAGAGAUGGUGAACUGGAGACCGAUGGGAGUGGCCGGAGUUGCACCACGGAGGGAGACCUGCUCUUUGCUCAGAAAUGUAAAGAGCUCCAAGGAUUCAUUCGUCCCCUCACAGACCUGCUCAAUGGGCUGAAGAUGGGUCGUUUUGAGAGAGGGUUGAGCAGCUUCCAGCAGAGUGUGGCGAUGGACAGGAUCCAGCGGAUUGUCGGUGUCUUACAGAAGCCACACAUGGGAGAGCGUUACCUGGGAACGCUGCUGCAGGUGGAGGGGAUGUUAAAGACUUGGUUUCCUCAUGUAGCUGCGCAGAGCACAUCCCUAGGUGGACGGAGGCAGCUGCUAGCUAAGCAUUUUGCAAGCCUUCCCAGUGAUUCAGUUGCUUCCGUUCCUGCACCUGCAGCAGAAACAGCGGGUCAGGCCCAGCUAGGCCACGUGGUUUUCAGACAGCCUUGGCAUCUCUCGGAAUGGCCAACCAUGAAUCUCACCUGGAUCCACACCGCUCCAAUUUGCAACCCCCCUCUGAGUUCCCCAGGUACCAUCUCCUUUAGCCGUGGUCCUUUAGGCACUGGGACUGGCAUCGGUGUCAUUCUUUGGCUCCAGCAUGGAGUGCAGCCCUACAACCACUCUGCCCCAGCCACUCCAGUUCCACCUACUGUAACACCUCCUGCUGUCCCCAGUGAGGCUAAGAAACUAUCUGGAGAGGGAUCUCGUUGUCACAGUUUGCCGGUAACUAUGCAAUCAGACUGGAGUUGUAACUGCACCUCCCCGGGCCUGUGCAGCGAGGCCAAAGAGAUGGCCACAUGACGUUUAAAACAGCAGAUGGGAAGCCGUCCUCUAGUUGCUCCAGCUUCCUGUCUCAACCCCUAACACAGGGCGUGUAGCCAAGCCUUUGGAAUUUCCAAUGUCUGUAAAUAGCUGUAUAGGCAUUUUUUUUUGUUUUACUUUUAAUGUGUGAUUUGUGCUGAAGGGAAAAAAAAAGCUUUUCUGAUUAAAAAAGAUUUUUUUU